ACAGCUACUGUAUUGUAACUGUAAUCGUACCGGACUGUUCGUGAUCAAAUACUUUUACGUUUGAAGCAAACCUUGGGUCCUGUCGAACUAUAUGAACAUAUUUUCGAUCUGCUGAUUUUUUUCCUAAAGGAAACCUUUUCCUCUUUCCUGCCAGUCAAACGGAAACAAUAAUGUAGAUAUGAAUUUGAACUUCCACCUUUCUGUUUCAUACGGUUCCAAAAAUGUAUGCAGAUUAGCUACUAAGGUAACUCGGUGCGUUAAAACCUAGAUCUACUAAGAAGUCAUGGCAGACUCUCUGGGAGAACAACAGAAUAUAAGUUUUUGACAUCUGCACAAAAUAAUUUACCGUAUGAUGGGGUGGAGGAUGUGACAGUGGAGGAGAGAAGGAACAAUGGAAAAGGAAAGUGAAUGGAUGAUGUGUCAAAAGGAGGAUGUUGCAGAGACGGAUUCCAUUUGCAGCUUACUGAGAAGACUACAGAUGCAGCAAAUGGUGAAGUGCCAAGAGGAACACACUCGUCAACAGCAAGGAAGAAGGAGGCCCCAGUGUAAGGAAACAGAAGUUGAAGCCAGCCAACUGGAGGAAGACACAAAACACAGUGAGAAUGAUGGACGGGAGGCAGACGGCGAGAAUCGUGCUGAUGAUAAAAGAAGAAACGAAGAAGAAGAUGAUGAGUCUGUGUCAAGCUCCUCCUCUGAUGUUCCAUCCUUGGACACCUGUACCCCCACUAAAUCAGUCGAGUCUUCAUCUUCCUCCUCCAACCUUCUCUAUUCUCACAUCACCUCCUCCUGCCCUCCUCUGCCCUAUCUUUGCCCCCCUGUUCCACCUCCUGUGGAACUAGAUGUGGUGUUGGUUGACAGUCGACUGACACUAGACGUGUACCGAGGUGGGACAGCCUUGCUGAAAACUCUAUGGGAGAAUUUCCCAGGCAAGGUGAAGGAGGUGCAGUAUCUGAGAAUUGGCUCAGAGGAGAGCGAGAGCCUGGAGACGGUUCUGGAUCUCUUGCCACACCUCAGACUGCUUCGUUCUCUGGCUAUUAGAGGCCACUGUCUUCAGGAUUCCCUGGGGCAUCCCCUGCCUGGCGUCCUCUCCUCCCUGCCUCCAUCGCUCUCCUCCCUCACUCUCCUGACCCACCUGGACCUCUCUUUCAACUGUUUCACCUCUCUCCCCCCUUGCCUUCUCUCUCUACCCUGCUUAUCCAUCCUCAUCCUCUCACACAACCACCUCUCUUCCUUACCUUCUAAUUGGGGCUGCCUGUCUUCCCUCACAUACCUCUCUGUCAUGGGAAACCAGCUCUGCUCUCUCCCCGCUAGCCUGGCCCAGCUGGGGGCUCUGCACACCUUAGAUGUCUCCCACAACUUCCUGGAGAACCUGCCUGAGGAGAUCGGGGAGCUCAGGUGUUUGAAUAAGAUGGAGCUGUCCCACAACAGGCUGAGGGAGCUUCCGGAAACGCUACAGACACUCGUCAAUCUCAGGGAGCUGAUGGCCAACAGCAACCAUCUACGUUGUGUCCCAGAGUUUCUGACCAAACUGCCUCACCUGAAGACGCUGGACGUGCGUAACAACCCCACCGGGCGAUCCACUACACCUCCACCAGCUCUUCCGAACCCAGCUCAGGCAAAAGCAGGUCCUUCUGAAUUGCACCUUGGAGCCAGCCAACAUCGCUUCUCCGUGACACCAGCUGGCCAUCAUGUCUUCCUCCCCAGAGGGGUGGAGUUGCUCUUCCCUGAAGGUUGUGUGGGACACUCCACUGAGCUUGAGUGGGCAGAAACGAGGCCAGAUAAGAAGUGGAUCUGCUUGGAAGAGCACGACCACCUGCUGAGCUGGCCCUUGGAGCUCCUCCCUCAUGGCAUCAUUUUUCAGAAGCCAGUACAGGUGUGUAUGCCGUACCAGCAGAAAACCAGGCGGGAGAUUGUGGUGCGUCGAUUUGAUGGCUCAUCCUGGAGCACGCUACAGACUUGGACUAGAAGAGGGAGCCCAAGUAACAGCGCCAGGCCUGGGGGGCGGCGGGCUCGGCUGGCCUGCUGCACCGUUAGCCACUUCUCCUGGUUCGUGGUGGUGUCCUGUCCAGUCAGAGACACCUGUUCGGUUUCACCAGAGGGCGCCCUCCUAGUGUCCAGUGUCAACCCUGCAAUCAAGCUCAGGUUCCUGCCUUCCUCCACCACCCAGACUCGCACAGUCACUCUCCAGGUCCUGCAGGUGGAAGUGUCUGUGGUGCGUGAACUGAGCAGUGACCCCACUGCCAGUGCUAGUCCCCUGCUGUGUCUCUCUCAGUCCCCCAGUUUGCCUUACCUUCAACCAGUUACCGUUCAGGUCCCGCUGCCUCCGGGAUUGACUGGUCAUACGGUUGACAUGUCCUGUCUGUAUCUGCUGCACAGACAGCCGGACUGCCAAACCUGGACUGACGUAACGCCACAGACUCCGCUCCGUGUCACACAGCUAUAUGUCGUCUUCAGUGUCAGCCAUUUCUCAUGGUACUGGCUGUGGUACACAACUCAGCGCUGCGUAAGCGGGGUGGUCAGGAAGGUCUAUCAAAGGCUCCGGCAGUUCCGGGUCCAGUUCCUGGUGCUGCAAAGGAAGAGUGACCCAGAGCAGGUCUUGUUGCAGUGCCUGCCUCACAACAAGGUGGAGAACACCAUCCAGUACCUGUCCAGCCUGUACGAAGGACCACAGCCAUCAGAUUUCUGCGAGCUGCUGGAGGGGGAGCAGUUCUUUGCUGGCUUUGAGAAAGGCAUUGACAUUAGCACAGAGCGACCAGACUGUAUAAACGGAAGGCUGUCCUUCAUUUUCUACUCUCACUUGAAGAACCACAAGGAAGUGUACAUCUGCUCUAACCAAAAGCAGCAGGGUCCUGUUAAAGGACAGGUGUCAUUCUAUCGAGGGGAGAUGCCGAGUGAUGUCCCACAGGAAGUGGCUCAGAAGAGGAGGGGACCAAACAGCCAAUGGCUGGCAACUUUGCCUUUACGGCUUCCUGGUGCAGGAGGGAUAUCGGAGCCUCAAAUUCCUCCUCUACGGCUGGGGGACCCGGAGAAUGGCUAUCUGACAGAAGCCAACCUGCUUGCCAUCUCUCUGCAAAUCAGCCAGGACUGGCGCAGCAUCGGCAUCAACCUGGGCUUUAGCUACGAGGAGCUGAACCGAAUGCAGCACAAGCACAGGGACGACCUAGGAGUUUUGGUCCUGGACAUUCUCUUCCACUGGGCCAGGAGACGAGGGCACACCGGGCCAGGAGCUGUCCCCGAAUUAAUUGACGCUAUGACUAAGAGCGGGAGACAGGACUUGGCAGAUGAAAUUGAAGACAUUGUGAGCCUGGGUAAAAGAAAGUACAGGGAUUCCCUCCGGAGAGUGGGACUAGACACAGAAGGGCUUCUGGCGGAGUGAACUUCCAGAACGCAGCAGAUGCUGGAUCAGCUCUCAGAUGACGCUGUCCAGAUGGUUCACCUCAGGCAGAGAGGAGCACUAGCAGACUGCCACUGCAGUGCCACAGCGAUUCUCUACUGUAGCCAAAUACAGUGCAGAAUGAAAACUUCAGUGUAAUCAAAUUCACUUUAUCGAUGCUGGUAUUAACUGUAUGGGUUAUACAAAUUCCAGGCUUUGUGGUGCUGCGUUGUCAUAAAUGGUAGCAGUACUGGACAAAUGGAUUCUCUGAACUGUAGUAAAGCAACAGCAGUCAGAUUUGUAGCUCAGAAAUUGUUUAGCUUGUAGUAAUUCAGGUUACAGAUUAACUGAAAACUUGAAAAAUUCUGUGAGAUCCAAUGUUAAGCAAAUGAACUGGAAACAUUCAUUGAGACGGCAAGUUUCACCAUAAUAGACUGGAAAUAAAGUACCUCUGUUAGUAUUGAUUCUUUGCUUCGUUUUACUAACUGUAGCAUGUAGUGUGACCGUUGUAUAUUUUUUUUAUAUAGUGUGGGCUGGACUGGCCAUUUGGCAGUUUUAUGUAGUAAGAAAUUACUUGUAAUCUGGAUUACAUAAAUACUUGUUUUUUGGAAUCAGAUUAAGUAAAAUAAAUUACAUUUAAAAAUACUUGUAGUCAGAUUACAGAUACCUACUGUAUGCUCCUGACUUAAAGACAGAGUUCCGUUUCUAUCACUAGGCUGUUAAGCAAAUUAGUCGAUAAGCGAGGAGCCGCCCCUUAUCCAUAUCACAAGCAUGCUGCACUGGUACUGGGUUUGUGUCAACCACCAUUAGAUAAUGUUUAAUGUCACAUUUGCACCAUUUAUAACAUUUUUAGUAUAUUUAUAAAUGUUUAAACAGUAGUGUCCUAUAUACUGUAAUAAACAGAGGGGGGAAAACCAGCUCUGAUAUACAUUACUGAGGUUUGCAUUCUGUAAAUACAGGUAAUCAUAUUUAUUCUGAAUAAAGGCCAAGACCCUGUGC